AUGGCUCAAAUUUCCAACUCUUCAAAUUCUUUCUACAACUUCAUUGUAAAAGAUGGAAAUGGGAUCAAAGGCUUAGUAGACUCAGGUUUAUCAGAGGUUCCAAAAAUAUACAUACAACCCAUAAAUGAAAGAAUCAACAAACAAGACUCAAAACCAUGUGAUACACCGCCUAUUGAUUUAUCAAAACUCAAUGGACCAGAACAUGAAAAAGUGGUGAAUGAAAUUGUUAGAGCAGCUGAGACACUUGGGUUCUUUCAAGUAGUGAAUCAUUGUGUUCCUUUGGAAUUGUUGGAAUCAGUUAGAGAUUCAGCACACUCUUUUUUUAAUAUGACCCCAGAAGAGAAAGUUGUUUACCGCAAUAGUGCGAGUCCAAGUUUAAAGAUGAGAUAUGGGACUAGCUUUGCACCUGAGGUAGAAAAAGUGUUGGAAUGGAAAGAUUAUAUCAACAUGGUUUAUAGUAGUGAUGAAGAUGCUCUUCAAUAUUGGCCUCAUAUGUGCAAGGAAGUUGCACUUGAGUAUUUGAAGCUAUCAUCCAAGAUAGUUAGAGAAAUCUUAAAAAUAUUAAUUGGUAAACUAGGGGUGAAACUAGAUGAGUCAAAAAUAGAGAAUCUUAUUGGUAUGAAGAUGGUUAACAUGAACUACUAUCCAGCAUGUCCAAAUCCAGAACUCACAGUUGGUGUAGGGCGUCACUCAGACGCAGGAACUAUCACUGUGCUUCUUCAAGAUGGAAUUGGUGGCUUAUAUGUCAAAGCAGAAGAUGAGAAUAAUGGUGGAAAUGAAGAAUGGCUUGAAAUUCUACCAAUCCAUGGAGCUUUAGUCGUCAAUGUUGGUGAUGCCUUGGAGAUACUAAGCAAUGGGAAGUAUAAGAGUUCUGAGCACAGAGUAAUGACAACAUCCACACAAUCUAGAGUAUCAGUUCCACUGUUCACUCUUCCUAAACCUACUGAGAAUAUAGGUCCAUUUCAAGAAUUGGUGAAGAAAGAUGGAUAUGCUGGUUAUAGAGAAGUCUUGUGGCAGGAUUACAUGGACAACUUCUACGAAACUGCUCAUGAUGGAAAGAAGUCUCUUGAUUAUGCAAAAAUUAAAUCUGGUUAA